UUCUAGUUAAGUUAGCAGAAUGGCAUCUCCUCCAUUUGAAGAAGUAGACCUGAACAAGGAACACGAAGAAAUGACAUGGAGCCACUUCUUCAAAAGUUGUGGGUCCUCGGGCAGCCGAUGGUAUCUUACCGAGGGAUUUUUUUGGGAGCCAAUUCCUACAGCCUGGCGCUAUACAGUUCAUGUUUGAAUUACUACUUGUUGUUACCAUCUUUACACCUAAUCUCACUCUCUUCGAUUCACUCUUCGCACGAAAACUUAAUAUGUCUAGGUAGGAGGGCUGUGCUCCUUCAGCAGAUGGAGAGUCGAUAUGAGCAACAGAAGAGCAAGAGAAGGCAGCAGGUGAAGCUGUCACAAGCUGCACAUGAGAGAAACGCCCAGCUCCUCCAGGACUUGCAGAAAAUGGAGAAUCGUCUCAGAACAAGAAAACUCCCACACCCUGACAUCCUCAGUUUGGAGACUCGUUACUGGGCAUCAGUUGAGGAGAAGAUCCCAGAAUGGGAGCGCUUCCUCCUGGGUAAGGGCCCACAUCCUAGCAGUGACCCUAGCAGAACACCUAAACAACGAAAACAGAAAACUACACCCAGAGACCAUGCCCCCACACAAGAUGGGGCUCUGCCUCCUCGUCCUAUACUGAAACAUGUCAAAUGACCUGAAGUGGACAAUCUGGCUUUGACUUAAUCUUAUGUGAUCAACAUGGAGUGAAGGAAAAACUAAAAUCAGUUGACAAUUACACUGUAUAUUGAGGUUAUUGUGGGUGUCUGAGGUAAAUGCUCUUUUUUUUUAUAGGCCAUAUUUAGUCUCAUAUGGGCUGUUUUCCUAUGAGAAUAACAGUAUUCUUAGCACCAACAUUAUUGAGUAGGCAUCAUGUUGAUUUCCGUUGUUUACACUGCAGCUCCUUUUUGUGCUCAGCCAUUUUGAUGUCUCAGGGUGAAGCUCAGAUUUAGCCUAUUACCCCUCAGUCUACAGAAUUGCUGCUCUUGAUUGCAAUGUUUACAAGCAAUGCUCACACUUUAAAUGUGAUGGUAUUGCCUGUAACACUUUAUGGUAAUCCCAUCCCAUCAGAAUUCUAUUUGAAACAGAAUAUGGUGUCUUUGAAUUCAUGGUUCAUAUCUGCCCACUAGGGGGAGGUAGCACCAUAGAUUUGGAUAACAAUGGCAAAUUCCUUCAGUUAGUUAGACUCAGGUCAUUCACUUCAUCUGUCACUGAGCAAUGAUUUAAUAAAAUUUGCUCUUAUUUAUUUGCAUGUAUUGUCUGUAUACUAGCUAUGUUCUUUUCUUAUGUGUACAUUAAAGCACUUUUUUUUCAUAUACUGUGUAAUAUCUUUUAGGCGUAACAAGCAAUGUGCAUAUGUAACCAAUCAUUUUUUUUAUUAUUCACAUUCUUCAUCUAUAUAUUCCAUUCACUGCAAAUGUACUUUUUUACCUAAUAAAUCAUUAUAGUUUAGCUUAUUAGUCCAUUAAAAAGCAUGAGCUGACACACCUAACUUUGUAGAGUUGACUAACAAAUAAUAAACUAUACAAAUAAAAUGUUGCACACUAUAUACACACACUACAAUUCAAUAUGUUUAUCCAUUAAAAUGUUAGCGUAUAAGUUAUUUGUUUAAUUUUUUUUACAUGUAUUAACCCAUCCACCACCCCCACACUUCAUCACACAGUAUACAGUGCCUUCAGAAAAUUUUCACAACCCAUGACUUUUUCCACAUUUUGUGUUAGGCUGAAUUUAAAAUUGAAUCAAUUGAGAUUUUGUGUCGCUGGCUUACACACCAUACCCCAUAAGUGAAAUUAUGUUUUUAGAAAUGUUUACAAUUUAAUAAAAAAUGAAAAUCUGAAA